GUACAUGCCAUUUUCAUUUUGUUAUUUUCUUUCUCUCUCUUCAACCAAAUGAAACUUGAGAAGCUCUCCUCCCCAACAAACCCUAGCCGCCGCAACAAUAACACUGUUCACGGCAUUCUACGCCCAUUUUGACCGCCUUUGGCCGAGUUACCCUCACAAUCUUCAUCUAUUUCUUCUCUUCCAUCAUCCUAUUAAGUUUAUUGUCAGAUCUGAUAGACUUUUAAACAUCCCAACCACCAUCUUCUUUGAUAGAUCUCGACCAAUAUAGACAAUAUUUUGAAAAACUAUCACAACAAAAAGAGUCUCCUCUAUCUCCUCUACAAAACCCACAAAGAAAAUCAUGUGUCCAAAUACCUUCGCCGGCGACCACCGUGCCGGAAAUUGAAGCCUUCACCGUUGGUGUAACAUUUAAGGUCAAGUUCUUCACAUCUUCGAUCUCUAUUCACCGCUUUUAUUUUCCCUUCAUCAGUUUUUUUUUUUUUUUUUACUUCCUUUUUUCUUUCAUCAUUCUGCCAUUUUAAAAUGAUAUGAGAAAAAAAACAAGUAUUUAAGACAGACAUAAGAAAUUUACUUGUUCUUCAAAGAAAAAAAAAGAACAAGCAAAGACGGUGUUUGUUUGGAAUAGCGCGAGACCCUCUUUGAUUCAUAUAUAUUGAUUGAUUCGGUUGAUACAUUCUCGUUCGGUUCCUUCUUUCUUUCAAGUUCUUCAAUUCGGGUAUAACCAUCAAAAUGGGUAGUCCUGAACCCGGUUUCGAAGAUUUUCUUGAAGAGAAGAAGCGCGUUAGGAACCCUUUUGUUCCCAUUGGCGCACUUAUUACUGCCGGUGUACUAACGGCCGGCUUAAUCAGCUUUAGACAAGGUAAUUCUCAAUUAGGUCAGAAGUUAAUGAGGGCUCGUGUGGUUGUCCAAGGUGCUACAGUGGCGCUCAUGGUUGGCACUGCCUAUUAUUAUGGAGACAAUCCUUGGCAAAAAAAAUAAACUUUUAGUAGCUAACUAACAGUCAAAGCAAAACUUUGUAAUUGCUUGGUUUUUUGUUUGUAUUGAGUUUUGUUUAUGUGAAGUGAAAUUUGUUCAUUUGAGGACAAAAUCCUUGCUCACGUCUUACGUUUGAAUCAUUUUCUUUCAAUACAUAAUAAUUGAAUUCAUAUGGAUGUACUUUGAUAUAUACUAUGGUUGUUUCAAUAAAAGAAAAGACUCUCAGUUUA